CGGUAGUGCACUGGAGACCAGUCAUCGUUCGUUUAAUAAGAAAAAGGGCUUGUUGUUAGCCUACACUUCAGCUUCAGACUGGCAGGGUAUUGUUUUUAGAAACAAUGGAUCAGAAGAUUCCCUAUGAUGACUAUCAGCUCCCAGUGGUAUUCCUGCCUUCUUAUGAGAACCCACCAGCAUGGAUAGCCCCACAGGAGCGGGUUCUUCACCCUGACUACAACAAUGAGCUCACCCAGUUCCUGCCCCGUACCAUUGUAUUAAAGAAACCUCCAGGAGCACAGCUGGGCUUCAACAUCCGUGGGGGCAAGGCAUCACAGUUGGGAAUCUUUAUAUCCAAGGUGGUUCCAGACUCCGAUGCCCACAGAGCAGGGCUGCAAGAGGGAGACCAGGUUCUUUCUGUGAAUGAGGUUGAUUUCCAAGACAUAGAGCACUCAAGAGCUGUAGAGAUUCUGAAGACUGCCCGAGAGAUACUGAUGAGGGUUCGCUUCUUUCCUUACAACUAUCAACGGCAGAAGGAGAGGACUGUACAUUAGGUGGCAGCAAUGAGAGAGUUGGACAGCCGCGGCACUGCACGUCAUUUCCCUUCCUCCUACAGACUCUGGCUUCCUGUCUGUCUCAGCUUCAAGAUAACUGACGUAUGACAACUGACGUAUGACUCAGCAUCAUUCAAAGUUCUCCAUGUAAGAACAAUAUACUCUGUUAAAUAUUGGUUUCCUCUCUCACCCAGAUAUCUGAGGGCUCCCUUAUCUACUCUGAUACAUGGUUUCUACUACAACAGGAUGUAUUCACAGGGAGUGAAGGGAGUUACCGUAUAAGCAUAAACUCAAUAUACAUACAUACAUACAUAUUUCACAUUAUAAAUUAUGGAACUGAUACCUAUUUUUCUAUUCAAGCAUAGCAUUUAUAGACCCUGCAUAUUUUAAUAACGCAUUGCCUUUAUUCAUUUUUCUUUAAGUCCUAUAAUAAGAUGUUUCUACUGUUCUAGACAUAUUUUGAUCAAAUACAGAGUAGCGCUUAUGUGUACUCUACACAUUUGCCUUGAUGACACUGAUACAAAGUAGAGACACACAUACACUCAGUUGUUUGUAGGGGUGGAACGGUACACAGAGGUCACGGUUUGGUUCAGACAUCACGGUUCGGUACGAGUUCGGUACAAUGGAGGGAAAAGCAAAAAUACAGAAGGCAAUUUUUUUUUUGUGUGUGCAUGUUUCAGGCUGUACCACCUAGUGUCAUACAGUCUCUACCCUGUGCUAGCUGCAACAGCCUGAAGUGUGUAAAGUAAGAUGCUAACAAUAAGUACCCCACAUCAUCUCCAGACUCCAUCUGUAACUGUAAAGACAAUUGGCUAUAAAACAAAAAUACAGCAUCUCUGUUUUCUGCAAAGACGAACUAAAUUACCUGAUUAAUGCAACGUUGUCACAACGUCUCCCAGCCAUUUUUCACCACAGAAAGCUGCUCCUUGCCUGGCUAAAGCUAAUAUAGUUACCCUUAAGAAACAAGGCGUCUGUCCCAACUAACGUUACGGUUCGGAGCCGCGACACUGGAAAGGUAAUACUAAUCUACAACAGCAGUCUGUGUAUAAAAUAACGUAAUUUACACUGAUUUAAGUGUUCUUGGAUACACAGUUUGGUGCUUGUUCUCUGGGUGAUGGCGUCGGAUAUGCGUUAGCAUGUUAGAUGUAGUUCCACUCACAUACCCAACAACUAGUGAACAGCGCUGACUCACAGUUCUCGUCUUAUCCACCACUCUCCCCCCUGUAGCCUACUACUGGAACUGACUGGGAAAACAAAGUUUUCCCAAACUUGUGAUCUUAAAGAGGCCCGCGGUUCCUCUAACUCUUGUGGGUCGCCACCAGUGUUGCCACAGUUACUUUGAAAAAGUAACUUAGUUACUUUAGGCAAGGCAAGGCAAGGCAGCUUUAUUU